AUGGGGGAUCGACUUGAGGACUGGAACGAUGAACUGUCUCGUCAUCUUAUUCCCGAUUCUGUUAUUUUGAUGAUUUAUUUGGUGGUAGGGAUCCUUGGGAAUUCUCUCGUCAUAUACAUACACACAGUCAAACUCAGAACUAAAUGGGAAGACCGAUUCUUCAUACCGGUGUUAGCCAUUGUGGAUUUGAUAUCGUGUGUCGUAAGUAGCUCUUUCAGCUUUUCUAUAAACAUGCUUCCGGUCAAAUACAGUAACAACAGCGCGUGCAAAAUCAUGUUUUUUCUUAACAUGACGUGCACGUUGAUAUCAGCGCUCAUGCUUGCCGUCAUAGCGCUUAACAGGUACAGAAAAAUAUGUAAACCUUUCGAAAAACAGAUGAAUAUGUUUUGGAAGAAGAUCGCCAUUGCUUGUGUCGUUGGUAUUGCCUUGGUCAUCUCUUGGCCUUGUUUCCUGUUCUACGGCUCGAAAGAGGUGUUCGAAGGUCAGAUACAAGGGUACCGCUGUACUAGUGUCCGAGGUCCGUGGUCAACUAUUCAGCCUCUCGUGUUCAAGGCUGCUGUAAUGCUUUUAACUUUUACCAUUCUUGUGUCGCUGGUGGUAUUUUAUUCAUUGAUAGGAAAAGUUGUGUUCUGUCAUAUGCUCAGAUGCAAAAAGAAGAGCUCCAAUUUCGGUCCCACAGAGGACGAUUUUGAAACUCCGAACCCUAUUUCUGGAGAUUCAUCCGAUAUUACGGACGUACCAGACACAAACACUGCGUCAGUUAACGACAACAAAAUUCCAUUAGAUCCUGAUGUCUUAUCACCAAUUGAUAACAACACCAAAUCACCACCUACUAUGAUAAUUGAUUCUGAGCAAAAGUCGUCAAACAUUGGAGCAAGCAAUGAAAGGUCGAUUUUACCUGAAAAAGACCUUAAAAUGCCUUCAAGAGAAGCUGGAUUAACUAAGAUCCGCGGGAUACGGUUAGCCUUGAUUUUCAUGCUCAUAACGGUCGUGUUUAUUGUUUGCUAUGUACCAAAAGUUGGAAUGAUGAUUUACGAAUCCCAGCAUGAGAACUUCUGGAUCGAACUUUCUCCCUCGGAACUGUCGGGCUUCAGGUUUAUAUACACUGCAUUUAUCAUCAACAACAUCGUUAAUCCUAUCAUUUACGGCUUCCUCGACCGACAAUUCCGUAAGGAGGUUAUCAGUUUGUGUCGGUGUGUCAAGAAAUAG